UAACUUGAGCUUUUUCCAUAGGGACAAAAAGGCCAAAAAGGCACAUGUUAAAGAGUAAAGGAAAACAAAACCGGCCCUUUCCUUUUACAACAAACAAUCCCCAAUUACUAAACUCCUCCACAGUUCCAUUUGUUUUUUCACUCAUAAAAGCCCACCAAAUCACAUGGUUCUUUUCCAUUUCAUGUCCCCAUCACGAGCCUGGAAUUUGCCAAUGGCAUUGCCUAGUUUUCUUCUUGUUUUCAUUCUCUUGCCUUCCAUUCAAGUCCUCUCCCACCCAACAUUUCCAAACAGCCAAAACCAAGCCAUGAACCCCAUGAUUCUCCAAACUUGUGACAAGAUCGAAAACCAAACGUUCUGUCUCUCCAGAAUCCAAACCAUGCUCGAAAACUCGGACGACGGUAACCCCACCUCGGUCCUGAAAGCCGCGCUGGAGGCCACACUGGCCGAGGCAAGGCAGGCCAUUGCGAUGGUCACGAAAUUCAACAGCUUGUCGGUCAGCCUCCGCGAGCAAGUCGCCAUUCAGGACUGCAAGGAGCUCCUGGACUUCUCGGUGUCCGAAUUGGCCCUGUCCUUGGCCGAGAUGAACAAGAUCCGAGCUGUCGGCCCAAAAGACCCACGUUCACAAGGGAACUUGAAGGCGUGGCUGAGCGCCGCGCUCAGCAACCAGGACACGUGCCUGGAAGGGUUCGAAGGCACGGACAGGCGCGUGGAGAGAUUUAUCAGGGGAAGCCUAACAGAAGUAACACAACUCAUUGGUAAUGUCUUGAUCUUAUACAGUCAAUUACAUACUUUACCCUUCAAGCCACCAAGAAACAACACUGGAAACCAAGAGAGCUCGGAUUUUCCCAAAUGGAUGACUGAGGGGGAUAAAGAUCUCCUUGUUUCUAGUCCCAACGGGAUGCACGUGGACGCGAUUGUGGCGUUGGAUGGGACCGGGCACUACCGGUCGAUUACGCAGGCGGUUUACGAAGCGCCGAGUUAUAGUAACAGAAGGUAUGUGAUUUAUAUCAAGAAGGGAGUGUAUAGGGAGAACAUUGAUAUGAAGAAGAAGAAGAGUUUUAUCAUGUUUGUUGGGGAUGGAAUUGGUGAAACUGUGGUGACAGGGGACAGAAAUUUCAUGCAAGGUUGGACCACGUUCAGGACAGCUACGGUUGCUGUUUCUGGGAAGGGAUUCAUAGCAAGGGACAUGACAUUCCGAAACACGGCCAGACCCGAAAACCACCAGGCCGUCGCGCUCCGUGUCGACUCCGACCAAUCGGCCUUCUACCGUUGUAGCAUGGAAGGGCACCAGGACACGCUCUACAUCCACUCUCUCCGCCAAUUCUACCGCGAAUGCUCCAUCUACGGCACCAUAGACUUCAUAUUCGGAAAUGGCGCGGCGGUCCUCCAAAGUUGCAAGAUUUACACAUUACCCCCUCUCCCACUCCAAAAGGUCACAAUCACAGCCCAAGGCAGAAAAGAUCCUCACCAGAGCACUGGGUUCUCAAUCCAAGACAGCUAUGUAUACGCGACCCAGCCCACUUACUUGGGCCGGCCCUGGAAACAGUAUUCCAGGACCGUUUUUAUGAACACUUUCAUGACUGGGCAGGUCCAGCCCAGAGGAUGGCUAGAGUGGUAUGGGGACUUUGCUCUUGGCACAUUGUGGUAUGGUGAGUAUAGGAACUAUGGCCCGGGUGCGUCGCUUUCCGGGCGGGUCAAGUGGCCAGGUUACCAUAUGAUCCCAGAUGCUUCCACGGCGAGUUUCUUCACCGUCAGGCAGUUCAUUGACGGGUUGUCGUGGUUGCCCGCCACCGGUAUCAAGUUCUCGGCUGGAUUAAGCAAUUAGGUUGAUGUUUUAUGUCUAAUGGUUUAAUGAAAUUUAAGUGAUUAUAGAAAGAUGAUGCAUAGACUGAAAAGAGUUAAGAAAGCCCAAUUUGAAGAUAGACUAGUACUAUAGAUUGUGUCACAAGAAUCACAACUAUUCUUUGCAGUUUAGUGAAGGCAGCUGACCAAUCAAUAAUACUCCAGCAAGAUUCUUUGUACCAA